CUCUUAUAAGUUUAAGAGUCUAUUUACAUGACUCUUAACCCAUAUGUAUCUUUUUUUAUUUAUUUCAGAUGGAGACAUCCAGUAUGGUUUUCCGGAAAGGGAGACCAGCGAGGCCCAGAGAGAGAGGCACGGGCUGAGUUAGAUGGAGACAUCCAGUAUGGUUUUCCGGAAAGGGAGACCAGCGAGGCCCAGAGAGAGAGAUGGAGACAUCCAGUAUGGUUUUCCGGAAAGGGAGACCAGCGAGGCCCAGAGAGAGAGGCACGGGCUGAGUUAGGUAUACUUUCUACUGCACAUCUGUACCGCAGGUAUACUUUCUACUAUGCUGCUAUACCGCAGGUAUACUUUCUACCAUGCUGCUAUACCGCAGGUAUACUUUCUACUGCACUCCUGUACCGCAGGUUUACUUUCUACUAUGCUGCUAUACCGCACGUAUACUUUCUACUGCACUUCUGUACCGCAGGUAUACUUUCUACUGCAUUUCUGUACCAAAGGUAUAUUUUCUACUAUAUUUCUGUACCACAGGUAUACUUUCUACUGCACUUCUUCACCGCAGGUAUACUUUCUACUAUGCUGCUAUACCGCAGGUAUACUUUCUACUAUGCUGCUAUACCGCAGGUAUACUUUCUACUAUGCUGCUAUACCGCAGGUAUACUUUCUACUAUACUUCUGUACUGCAGGUAUACUUUCUACUGCACUUCUGUACCGCAGGUUUACUUUCUACUAUGCUGCUAUACCGCACGUAUACUUUCUACUGCACUUCUGUACCGCAGGUAUACUUUCUACUGCAUUUCUGUACCAAAGGUAUAUUUUCUACUAUAUUUCUGUACCACAGGUAUACUUUCUACUGCACUUCUUCACCGCAGGUAUACUUUCUACUAUGCUGCUAUACCGCAGGUAUACUUUCUACUAUGCUGCUAUACCGCAGGUAUACUUUCUACUAUACUUCUGUACUGCAGGUAUACUUUCUACUGCACUUCUGUACCGCAGGUUUACUUUCUACUAUGCUGCUAUACCGCACGUAUACUUUCUACUGCACUUCUGUACCGCAGGUAUACUUUCUACUGCACUUCUGUACCAAAGGUAUAUUUUCUACUAUAUUUCUGUACCACAGGUAUACUUUCUACUGCACAUCUGUACCGCAGGUAUACUUUCUACUGCACUUCUGUACCGCAGGUAUACUUUCUACUGCACUUCUGUACCGCAGGUUUACUUUCUACUAUGCUGCUAUACCGCACGUAUACUUUCUACUGCACUUCUUCACCGCAGGUAUACUUUCUACUAUGCUGCUAUCCCGCAGGUAUACUUUCUACUAUGCUGCUAUACCGCAGGUAUACUUUCUACUAUACUUCUGUACUGCAGGUAUACUUUCUACUGCACUUCUGUACCGCAGGUAUACUUUCUACUAUGCUGCUAUACCGCAGGUAUACUUUCUACUAUACUUCUGUACUGCAGGUAUACUUUCUACUGCACUUCUGUACCGCAGGUUUACUUUCUACUAUGCUGCUAUACCGCACGUAUACUUUCUACUGCACUUCUGUACCGCAGGUAUACUUUCUACUGCACUUCUGUACCAAAGGUAUAUUUUCUACUAUAUUUCUGUACCACAGGUAUACUUUCUACUGCACAUCUGUACCGCAGGUAUACUUUCUACUGCACUUCUGUACCGCAGGUAUACUUUCUACUGCACUUCUGUACCGCAGGUUUACUUUCUACUAUGCUGCUAUACCGCACGUAUACUUUCUACUGCACUUCUGUACCGCAGGUAUACUUUCUACUGCACUUCUGUACCAAAGGUAUAUUUUCUACUAUAUUUCUGUACCACAGGUAUACUUUCUACUGCACUUCUUCACCGCAGGUAUACUUUCUACUAUGCUGCUAUACCGCAGGUAUACUUUCUACUAUGCUGCUAUACCGCAGGUAUACUUUCUACUAUACUUCUGUACUGCAGGUAUACUUUCUACUGCACUUCUGUACCGCAGGUUUACUUUCUACUAUGCUGCUAUACCGCACGUAUACUUUCUACUGCACUUCUGUACCGCAGGUAUACUUUCUACUGCACUUCUGUACCAAAGGUAUAUUUUCUACUAUAUUUCUGUACCACAGGUAUACUUUCUACUGCACAUCUGUACCGCAGGUAUACUUUCUACUAUGCUUUUGUACCGCAGGUAUACUUUCUACUGCACUCCUGUACCGCAGGUUUACUUUCUACUAUGCUGCUAUACCGCACGUAUACUUUCUACUAUACUUCUGUACCGCAGGUAUACUUUCUACUGCACUUCUGUACCGCAGGUAUACUUUCUACCAUGCUGCUAUACCGCAGGUAUACUUUCUGCUGCACUUCUGUACCGCAGGUAUACUUUCUACUGCACUUCUGUACCGCAGGUAUACUUUCUACUAUGCUGCUAUACCGCAGGUAUACUUUCUACUGCACUUCUGUACCGCAGGUAUACUUUCUACUAUGCUGCUAUACCGCAGAUAUACUUUCUACUGCACUUCUGUACUGCAGGUUUACUUUCUACUAUGCUGCUAUACCGCAGGUAUACUUUCUACUGCACUUCUGUACCGCAGGUAUACUUUCUACUGCACUUCUGUACCGCAGGUUUACUUUCUACUAUGCUGCUAUACCGCACGUAUACUUUCUACUGCACUUAUGUACCGCAGGUAUACUUUCUACUGCACUCCUAACCGCAAGGUUGUCGGUUCGAUUCAUCGUGGAAAUCCCGCACCGAACCCUCCCCGGGCACCGCAGCAUAAAUAAAUGCCCUAAAUGCCUAGGAGCCUAAAUGGUGUUUAGAAAUAAAAUUAGAGAUUUCUACUUACCUAACUCAGCCCGUGCCUCUCUCUCUGGGCCUCGCUGGUCUCCCUUUACGGAAAACCAUACUGGAUGUCUCCAUCUGAAAAAAAUCAAAAAAGAUACAUAUGGGUUAAGAGUCAUGUAAAUAGACUCUUAAACUUAUAAGAGUGUAAGGGAAGAUGAAAGAGUGCUUAAAUUCAAAAAAUGCACUUUUAAGUGCUUGAAGAAGACACAGAAAGCUGUCGAGAUUUUAAACUAUAUACAAGUACCCAAGCCUUUUAUCAUGACGUUUCGACAACCUUCUGUGUCUUCUUCAGGCAUGACUUGUGUAAAAUACAUAUUUUCUUCACUGAGCUCAAUUUAAUUUUUUUAAUUUUCUUUCUAAACACCAUGUAUGUAAGUGAAAAAGAAAUAAAUGGGUCUGUGAAGAUAGUAACACAAAAAAGUGUACACUAAAACAAAAAAUAUUAAACUUCUAAGAGUGUAAGAAAAGAUGAAAGAGUGCUUAAAUUCAAAAAAUGCACUUUUAAGUGCUUGAUAUAUUCAAAGAAAAGGCUCUGAAAAAUUUAAAAAUUCAAAAAUAAACAGAGGGGAGGAGCCUAGGCCCUGCUUGUAUAUAGGAGCCUAAAUGGUGUUUAGAAAUAACAUUUUUGGGUCUGUGAAGAUAGUAUCACAAAAAAAGUGUACACUAAAACAAAAAGAGUAAACUAAUAAGAGUGUAAGGGAAGAUGAAAGAGUGCUUAAAUUCAAAAAAUGCACUUUAAAGAUGCUUGAUAUAUUCAAAGAAAAGGCUCUGAAAAUUUAAAAAAUUACAAAAUAAACAGAGGGGAGGAGCUUUUCCUUUUCCUUUUUUUUCGAGGUGGCCUCUUCCUGGGCAGAGAAAAAUUAUGGGGGCAAAGUGAACGCAGUGAACCCUCCCCGGGCAUGGCAGCAUAAAUAAACAGAGGGGAGGAGCCUAGGCCCUAAAUGCCUAGGAGACUAAAUGGUGUUUAGAAAUAAAAUGUAAAAAUUUAAUUGAGCUCAGUGAAGAAAAUAUGUAUUUUACACAAGUCAUGCCUGAAGAAGACACAGAAGGUUGUCGAAACGUCGCGAUAAAAGGCUUGUGUACUUGUAUAUAGUUUAAAAUCUUCACAGACCCAAAAAUUAAAAAAAAUUAAAUUGAGCUCAGGGAAGAAAACAUCUCCAUCUGAAAAAAAUAAAAAAAGAUACAACUCAGACACACACACACACACAAAGACACAUAUAUAUGCACAAACAUUUUGUUGCAGAUAUAGGUAUUUGAAAUAAGUGAUAGGUGACAAUAAACUUAUUGCAAGUCUUCUCUUUUUUAGAGUUUAGAUGUCAUUUUCAGGUUAAACUGUAAUCAUAAUGUGGCAAAAUUGUAAAAACUGAUACAUCUGUAUGAUCAAAAUGGAAAACAUCAAAUCAAUGAGAUUUAAAAUGUUAUAACAGUUAAUUUAUUAAUGUUUUGCCAUGAAUUCAUAAAAACUGUACUAGAUGAAUGAGCCCAUUAGUGGUCUUCCGCUGCCAUUUAGUGGUUAUAAAUUGCAUUUACUCAAACAACACUGUGUUUUUAAACAUAACUGUUAAAGUGUUGUUGUUAUUUUUUUUCGCCCUAUCUCUCUUAAAUUUUGCAUGCUUGUUUAGAAUGAAAUUAUGCAUUACUUUACACAGUUUUGAUAAUUUGUGGGAUUUCUAUUUGUAUUAAUAGGCCUUUGUGCCUCUGGGGUGGUCUCUGCCAACCAGGAUGUAUGGAUGGCAUUUAAACACAUCCAAAAGACAGACACACACACACUGAAAAUAAAUGAUUAAACUAGUUUUUAAGAGUUUAGAUGUCAUUCAGGUUUCACUGUAAUCACAAUGUGGCAAAAUUGUAAAAAAUGAUGUGUAUGUAUGAACAAAAUGGAAAACAUUGAUUCAAUGAGAUGUAAAAUGUUAUAACACUUCUGCAAACAGAGGCUCAGAAACCCCAGGCUGGCGAAAAGAGGUCAACAAACCAUCAGCUGACUUUCACUCAUAUUUAUUAAGAAUUAUUAUUUGUGUUUAAAUGUUCUCUAUAUUAGACACAUACAUAGAGGUCCAAACAUCCCCCACAUUGCUGACAAGGGGACACACUGAGGGCAAGAUAGUAACACAAAAAAAGUGUACACUAAAACAAAAAAAGUAAACUUAUAAGAGUGUAAGGGAAGAUGAAAGAGUGCUUAAAUUCAAAAAAUGCACUUUAAAGAUGCUUGAUAUAUUCAAAGAAAAGGCUCUGAAAAUUUAAAAAAUUACAAAAUAAACAGAGGGGAGGAGCUUUUAAUUCUAAAAAAUUAAAUUGAGCUCAGAGAAGAAAACAUUUAUUUUACACAAGUCAUGCCUGAAGAAGACACAGAAAGCUGUCGAAACGUUGCGAUAAAAGGCUUGUGUACUUGUAUAUAGUUUAAAAUCUCAUAUUUUAGGCAAAAACAAAUAGUUUAAAGUUAAUGAUGGAUUCUUUUAUUACAAACACACAGCUUUUAUUCAAAGAAAAGGCUCUGAAAAAUUUAAAAAUUCAAAAAUAAACAAAUUGGCCUCGGCCUUCGAGGUGGCCUCUUCCUGGGCAGAGAAAAAUUAUGGGGGCAAAGUGAACGCAGUGAACCCUCCCCGGGCAUGGCAGCAUAAAUAAACAGAGGGGAGGAGCCUAGGCCCUAAAUGCCUAGGAGACUAAAUGGUGUUUAGAAAUAAAAUUUACAAAUUAAAUUGAGCUCAGUGAAGAAAAUAUGUAUUUUACACAAGUCAUGCCUGAAGAAGACACAGAAGGUUGUCGAAACGUCGCGAUAAAAGGCUUGUGUACUUGUAUAUAGUUUAAAAUCUCAUAUUUUAGGCAAAAACAAAUAGUUUAAAUUUAAUGAUGGAUUCUUUUAUUACAAACACACAGCUUUUUGCUUCACAUGACGUUAAUUGAUGGACUGGAGUCAUGUGGAUUACUUGUGGAUUAUUGUGAUGGUCAUGUGGAUUAAUAUGUGUUGUAAAAUAAAACAAAGGGGUGCUAAAAACACAAAUAAGUGUGUGAAAGUGAAAAAGAAAUAAAUGGGUCUGUGAA